AUGUAUUGGGUUGGCCCUGUUACCAACCGAUAUGUUAAACAUAAGGAGAAGGAGGGAUUAUUUCUUCUUAUCUUAAAUUUUAUUGAUUUCAUGAAACCCCAAAGCCCCAUAUUUAACCACCCAACACUCCUAAAGUUGCAAAAAUGCAACAACCUCAAUACCCUUAAACAAAUCCAUGCCCAAAUCGUAACAACUGGUCUUUCAUUUCAAACAUAUUGUCUUAGUCACCUCAUUAACAUAUCCUCCAAAUUUAACUUACCCUAUGCUUGCACAAUCUUUAAUUAUAUCCCAAACCCAACAAUUUUCCUCUACAAUACACUCAUUUCGUCAUUGAUUAAUCAACAUAGUAAAAUCCAUCUAGCAUUCAAACUUUAUAACAAAAUUAUCAUACACAAAAGUCUCCAACCUAAUAGUUUCACUUUUCCCUCUCUUUUGAAGGCUUGUUGUUCUAACCCAACAUGGUUUCAAUUUGGCCCAAAACUUCAUACCCAUGUUUUGAAAUUGCUUCAACCACCCUUUGAUCAUUUUGUUCAAGCUUCAUUGCUUAAUUUUUAUGCUAAAUAUGGGAAAUUGUGCGUGUCUAGAUAUCUUUUUGAUCAAAUUAAUGGACCUGAUUUGGCCACAUGGAAUAUUAUUUUGGGUUCUUAUGCAAAUAGUGUGAGUCAUCAUGGUUACUCAACUAGAUUUGAUGAUGCUAAUUUGUCUUUAGAGGCAUUGUAUUUGUUUCAUGAAAUGCAAGUUGCUCAAAUUAAACCUAAUGAAGUUACAAUUGUUGCAUUAAUUAGUGCAUGUUCUAAUUUAGGUGCUCUUAGUCAAGGUUUUUGGUUUCAUUGUUUUGUUUUAAGGAACAAGCUUAAGAUGAAUAGGUUUGUGGGAACUGCAUUGGUUGAUAUGUAUUCAAAAUGUGGAUGUUUGAAUCUUGCAUGUCAACUGUUUGAUGAAAUGCCUGAAAGUAAUAAAGACACAUUUUGCUAUAAUGCUAUGAUUGGUGGUUUUGCUCUUCAUGGUUAUGGGAAUCAAGCACUUGAACUUUAUAGAAAGAUGAAGUUUAAGGGUUUUGUUCCUGAUGCUGCAACUUUUGUGGUUACUAUGUUUGCUUGUUCUCAUGUUGGACUAGUCGAAAAAGGGUUGGAGAUUUUCAAGUCCAUGAAGGAGGUUCCCGGGAUGGAACCGAAACUCGAGCAUUAUGGAUGCCUGAUUGAUCUUCUGGGUCGAGCCGGGCGAUUAAAGGAGGCAGAGGAGUGGUUACAAGAUAUGCCGAUGAAACCAAAUGCUGUUUUGUGGAGGUCUUUACUUGGUGCAGCAAGACUUCAUGGGAAUUUUGAUGUUGGAGAAGUUGCUCUCAGAAAGUUAAUAGAGUUAGAACCAGAAACUAGUGGAAACUAUGUGCUUUUGUCUAAUAUGUAUGCUAGUGUUGCUAGAUGGGAUGAUGUUAAUAGAGUGCGGAUGGUGAUGAAACAUAAUGGAGUUAACAAAUUACCGGGUUUUAGCCUAGUCGAAAUAAAUGGUUCCAUGCAUGAGUUUCUUACAGGUGACAAAACUCAUCCAUUUUCAAAGGAAAUAUAUUUGAAAAUUGAAGAGGUUAAUAGAAGAGUUCAAGAAUAUGGUCACAAAGCAAGAACAUCAGAGGUUUUGUUUGAUGUAGAAGAAGAAGAUAAGGAAGGCGUUCUUUCUUACCAUAGUGAAAGACUAGCCAUAGCAUUUGCUCUUAUCGCAUCUCCUUCAAGUUUAGUCAUAAGAAUUAUUAAAAACCUUAGAGUUUGUGGGGAUUGCCAUGUGAUUACUAAGUUAAUAUCGGCUGCUUAUCGAAGAGAUAUUGUCGUUAGAGAUCGAAAUCGGUUUCAUCAUUUUAAAGAUGGGAGUUGCUCUUGUCUUGAUUACUGGUGAUAAUAAUACCAUGUUUCACCUUACAGCAAAAUCAAUAUUUGAUUGAAAAAACAUAGUUUGCUACACAUGUGAAAUUCAUUUUAUUUAUAAAGAUCAUAUAGUUGCAUGAGAAGCUUCCAUAAGCUUAUAAUAUUAAUUUCAGUUUUUUUACUGUACUAUAUGUACUUAAUUUCUCAGUAACUGAAUCAUGAUUGAGAUGGUGUUGUCUGUAUGAACCCAAAUUGAUUUUCCAACUUGAAAUACAUUUUUAGUUUACUCCUUUAA